ACACACACACAAUGUUGUCAAGCUCCAUGGGGAGACAUAACACUCACUCCCGUUUCCUGGCAACCCGAUCCCUGACCCUCCCACCUCCCCCUCUCUGUGCGUCAUCAAUUAAAGAGGACAGAGCAGGGCGAGAGACACCGAUGGAGAGAGGGAAAGAGAGAGAGACAGACAGGUUUCAGCUCAGGUCCUGUGGAAGGAAACAGUUGGAAACCUUUAGUUUCCCGCAGGACACACACACACACUACAGAUGGUCAGGUGUGUGUGUGUGUGUGUGUGUGUGUGUGUGUCCUGGAAAGCAUCACACACAUGAGCCAACAACAGGUAUCAGAGGAAGUUCAGCUCCCCGCGCUGAUGUUUCCUCAUGCUGACAUCACACCUCACCUAGUUUUCAGUCUGCUGCUUUUAGUUUACACAAACAACUUCACACAAAACAUUCUGUAAAACAUUCAACCUCGGAUCAUCACAGACCGAAAGCUGCUGCUCCGUUGGCUCCAUCCAGGUGGAACCAGAACCUGCCUGAUCUGGGUUCUGUCUGUCUGCAGAUGUCCAGCUACAAGAGAGCAACGCUGGAAGAGGAGGAGGGCUCGGAUACUCCAGCUGAGGCGGCCUCAUCUCCUGACAGAGUGGAGGUGGGCUUCAGGAAGGGGGGUGUGGACAUCCUGGGCCGGCGGACUCAGCUGGAAGUUCUGCUCUCGGUCAUGCUGCUGGCCGCCCUGCUGGCGCUGCUCGCCUGUCUGGUGGCUCUGGGGCUCGGAUUCAGCUCAGAUAGUGGGCGUGGCCUGUGCCUGUCAGAGGCAUGCGUCACUGUGGCGAGUCAGAUCGUGGAGGCGAUGGACCGCAGCGCAGACCCAUGUCAGGACUUCCACCAGUUCGCCUGUGGGGGCUGGAUGAGGAAGAACCCGCUGCCAGAUGGACGCUCACGCUGGUCCACCUUCAACAGCAUCUGGGAGCAGAACCAGGCUCUGCUCAAACACCUGCUGGAGAACGGAACGUUUAACGGCAGCAGCGAAGCCGAGAGGAAGACUCAGUCCUACUACCUGUCCUGCCUCAACACCCAAAGGAUCGAAGACCUGGGAGCCCAGCCUCUCGUGGACCUCAUCACCAAGAUUGGUGGCUGGAACAUGACAGGUCCAUGGGACAAGGACAACCUCAUGGAGGUUCUGAAGAUGGUGUCGGGUCUGUACAGAGCUCAGCCGUUCUUCAGUGUUGUAGUCGGUGCUGAUCCCAAGAACUCCAAUAGUAACAUCAUUCAGGUGGACCAAUCAGGACUCUUUCUGCCAUCAAGGGACUAUUACUUGAACAAGACGGCCAAUGAGAAGGUGCUGAUGGCGUACCUGGACUACAUGGUGGAGUUGGGUAUGCUUCUGGGGGGUGAGAAGACCUCCACUCAGCUUCAGAUGCAGCAGAUCCUGGACUUUGAGACCUCACUGGCCAACAUUACCGUCCCACAGGAUCAGCGACGUGAUGAGGAGAAGAUCUACCACAAGGUUACCAUCUCAGAGCUGCAGCUGCUGGCUCCAGCUGUGGACUGGUUGGACUUCCUGACCUUCUCCUUGUCUCCUCUGGAGCUGAACGACACCGAACCCGUGGUCCUCUACGCCAGAGAGUACCUGCAGCAGGUGUCAGAGCUCAUCAACAAGACCGACAAAAGUCUGCUGAACAACUACAUGAUGUGGACCCUGGUCCAGAAGAGCGUCGCCACUCUGGAUCAGCGCUUCGAGAACGCUCAGGACAAACUGCUGGAGAGCCUCUAUGGAACCAAGAAGUCCUGCACCCCCCGCUGGCAGACCUGCAUCGGUAACACGGACGACACGCUGGGCUUUGCUCUGGGAGCGCUGUUCGUCAAGGCGACGUUUGACAAGCAUAGUAAAGAGAUUGCAGAGGAGAUGAUCAACGAGAUCCGCUCAGCAUUCAAACAGGCUCUGGACAGACUCAGCUGGAUGGACAGUGAGACGAGACAGGCUGCUAAAGACAAGGCAGAUGCGAUCUAUGACAUGAUCGGUUUCCCAGAAUUCAUCCUGGACCCCAAAGAACUGGAUGAUGUUUACGACGGGUAUGACGUGUCCGAUGACAGCUUCUUCCAGAACAUGCUGAACUUCUACAACUUCUCCACUCGAGUGAUGGCCGACCAGUUGAGGAAGGCUCCCAACAAAGACCAAUGGAGCAUGACUCCUCCCACCGUUAACGCCUACUACAUGCCCACUAAGAACGGCAUCGUGUUUCCUGCUGGGAUCCUCCAGGCUCCUUUCUACGCCCACGACCACCCCAAAGCUUUGAACUUUGGGGGCAUCGGGGUGGUGAUGGGUCACGAGCUCACACACGCUUUUGAUGAUCAGGGCCGUGAGUACGACAAAGAAGGGAACCUGAGGCCAUGGUGGCAGAACUCGUCCGUGGAGGGGUUUCGCCAGAGAACAGAGUGCAUGGUGGAGCAGUAUAGCCGUUACACCGUUAACGGAGAGCACGUCAACGGGAAGCAGACGCUGGGAGAGAACAUCGCCGACAACGGGGGGCUGAAAGCAGCUUAUCACGCUUACCGUUCGUGGAUCCAGAGACACGGAGACGAGAAGAGGCUUCCCGCCGUCAACCUGACCAACGAUCAGCUCUUCUUCGUGGGAUUUGCUCAGGUCUGGUGCUCGGUCCGGACGCCCGAGAGCGCCCACGAGGGCCUCGUGACGGACCCUCACAGCCCACCGAGGUACAGAGUCAUCGGUACGCUCGCCAACUCUCUGGACUUCAGCCACCACUUCAGCUGUCCAGAGGGAACGCCCAUGAACACCGGGAAGCGCUGUGAGGUCUGGUAGAGGACCGGAUCGGAUCGGACUGGGCCAGAGGGUUGUUGGGUCCAUCCACGCGUUAAGGGGUGGACUCUUACAGGAACUGAGGUGUGUUCAGGGCCUGCGUGUAAGCUUCAGUUAGUAGAGAUGAUCAGACUCACUUCCUGUCUGGAAACCAGACGCCCUCGACCGACUCCAGGUGGACUGAUGAUGAAGAAGAUGACUAAUAUGAUGAUGAUGAUGAUGAUGGCGGUGGUGGUGGUAAUGAAGAAGAUGAUGUUUAGACACCAUGUUGCUUAUUCCUUUCAUCACAUUUAUUGUGGUCAAGUGUGUGUGUGUGUGUGUGUGUGUGUGUGUGUGUGUGUGUGUGUGUGUGUGUGUGUGUGUGUGCGUGUGCUCGCGCCUGUGUGUUUGUGUGUGUGUGUGUCUGAUGACAUCACUGUGAUGACCUCAUACUAAGCUGACCUGUCACAUCGCUCUGUGAGAAAGAUGUCAUCUGAUUGGCUGGGAGGUUCUGCUCCAUUUGGAUUUGAACACAAACCCGUCAUCAGAACCAGUGUGGCCUGGUUCUGCUCAUCCUGGUCCUGUAGAAUCCUCCAGUUCUGUAACUCAUCAUUUGCCUUAAAGUCACGCUGCUGUUUGUCACCAUUUACACACAUGAAAUGAAGAAUUUUGUCUCAAGUAUGGUCCCCUCAGCUGCUGGCUGUGUUACCAUGGUAACGGGCUGACAAACCCUAACCACCACCUUCGUGUUAAACUGCCGUCCGUGACUGAAUCCAGGUUCGGUUAACCGGUUUUCGGUCUCCGGGUGAAAAAAAUGAUCAGCAUUAGAGCAAUGAGGGUGAUGCCUUCAGGAACAGUCUGGAUGUUUCAGCCUCCAGUGACUAAAGUGAUCAUUAGGAAGCCCAGAGGGACGGUUCAGAUCUUUAGGUGAGGUCUGUUCAACAGAUAAGUCAGUGAACAGCCUUAGUUUGAUGAAACAGAAAUCAAUUCUGGUCCAGCUGGUCAACGCACCAUUAAACGGUUUUGAUCUCUGACUUCAGAGCAGUUUUUGCUAGCGCUGCUUUAUUAUCGACCACAAAAUGAGCAUUUCAUGGUUCCUCCAGGUUAACACAACAGCUGCAACUAACUGCUGUUAGCAUCCACGAAUACCCAGAGGUUCUGCCACUAGCUGUUAGCUUAUCAGUAGGAUCUGUGUGUGUGUGUGUGUGUGUGUGUGUGUGUGUGUGUGUGUGUGUGUGUGUGUGUGUGUGUGUGUGUGUGUGUGUGUGUGUGUGUGGGUGUGUGUGUGUGUGGGUGUGUGUGUGUGUGUGUGGGUGUGUGUACACCUGCAGGGGGAGACAGAGUUCUAUCAGAAUAUCGGAGAGCAGAAAUCCUCCAACCAGAAUCCGUUUCUUUGGUCAAAUCCGGUUUAUUCCACCCAAACAUUCAUGAUGUGAAGUAAAAACACUUUUAUUGUUUAAUAAAAGAACAAACUGGU